AUGGGCGCGAAGCCGCUCGCCGACGGCCGCACGGGCGCCGACAGCACCUGUAACCACGACAGCCCUCCGAUCUUCGAGACCGUCACCUGGAAGGAGAGGGAGACGUUUCGGCGCGGGAACCUCAUAGAAAAUUCGCAUUUUAAGAUAGACGUUGGAGAAGUAAAAACCAGAUAUGGCGGAAAAGAAGAAGAAGGAAUCCAAACUUCUAAAAAAAUGUUGUUGCCUGACCCUGAGAGUGGGAGCCUUCAUUGUUGCAGUGUAGGGAUCGUGUUGAGCUUUGCCUACAGUCUCUACAACAUUCUACUGCGUGGCCGUGGGAACGCUGAAAGGAGAGUGGCAUGGGCGCUGGACGGAGAGCUUCGCAAAGAGAUAUACAGAGCCGCUAAAACCUGGGAUAAGAAGAGGAGAUCUCCUGAAAUUUUACGAUUCGUCAAAAAGUUAACACCGAAUUUUAGAGUAAGACACCAACGUUCUGUAAAGUUCGUUUCUGAAUACGAGGACAAUUUUCCAAAAGAGCAAAUUUCAAAAAAAGAUGUCUAUUCGUUUCCUGACGAAGAAGUUUCAUAUCAGUCUUUUGAAGUCAAACCUGAAACAAACGCGUCACGAAUCAUAAAAGUAGCUCCUCAAGAAGAGAGGAAGAUGGAAUAUUUGGUAGCAGCAAAUGAGAAGUUGACUAAAGAGUCCCCAUUAGUAGAAGAAGAAUUGGGCGAGAAAAAGGAACAAGGACAACCGUUUAAUGGUUCUCAUCUGGCUUGCAACAAUUCCAUUCUAUGUCAUAUUCUCCAUGUUCUACUUAUAUAUCAGAAUCGCAUUGAUGAUGAACAUCGUUGGUUCCAACAAAGGAUCAGUAAUCUUUGGAGUAAUACUUCUUAUUUUAAUACGUUGCUUCUCCUCUACAGUCUUUUUUUAACCGUCUGCCAUCAUCAAGCUCGCAUCAGAUAACAUAAUAUC